GAGGAGGGAGGGAGGGAGUUUCUCUGCCUCAGCUUCCUCCUCCGCGAGCCACGUGUCGGUCGGUGUUGUGUUUGGGAGCCGCGGCGCUCCUCCCUCCCUCCCUCCCUGCCUGCGCCGCGGGGACACAUUGUACCGAGUGCCGGUUACAUUGUGUCCCGUCCCCGCCGGUCCGAUGGAAGCCGCGCUCGCCCUCUCCUGGGCCUGCCUUGUCUUCACGAUAUGGAUGUUCUCCACCGGCCUGAGGCUUUGGAGAGGGAGCAGAAUGGACCACCAGGAUGCUGCCUGGAGUAGAGAGUUUCAGCUAGAAGGAGAGGUUGGACAAACUUGGGUUACUUCCUCUGCAGCGUUGGAGGCUGAAGGGAGACCUGACAAGUUCAGAGCUUACGGUCGGACCUGAGGAGGAUGGUGACCCUGAAGAACAUCGAUAACAUUCAGUUCCUGCCGUACGUCACCACGGCUGUCAAUAACCUAGGCUGGUUCUACUAUGGAGAACUGAAGGGUGACUGGACGUUAAUGACGGUAAACUCCAUCGGCUUCACCCUGCAGAGCUGUUACAUCGUGACCUACCUGUAUUUCAGCUCUGAGAAGUGCCGUCUGCUGGUGAGGGUGGGACUGGCGGCCCUGGCGUUAGCCUGUGCCUACCUGUACCUCAGCACCGUGGUCCAAGAGCCAGACGUCCGUCUGUCCCAGCUCGGGCUCGUCUGCUGCACCUUCACCAUUGGCAUGUACCUGUCACCCCUCACCGACCUGGUCAAGAUAAUCCACACCCGCUCCACCAAGUGUCUCUCGUUCUCGCUGACGGUUGCCACCUUCCUCACCUCCUCCUCCUGGACUCUGUAUGGCCUCCAUCUGUCUGACUUCUAUAUCGUGAUCCCAAAUGUUCCCGGGAUUGUUACCAGCCUCAUCCGCUUCUGGCUGUUCUGGACCUACCCAGCGUCCCCAGACAGGUAUCCAUACCGUCCCAUGCAGGCCUGAUGCUGGUAGCUGGCCCCCUCCUCACUCACGGAGGGGCUUCUCGAGGGUACGUGGUGUUCCAGGGAAAGGCCAGGGCGGUUGCCCGUGAGGAGCGAGAGCAAUCGGAGUCGCGAUCCCUGAAUCUGCACAGGACAUAGUUUUCCAAAUCCGAGGAUGGACAUUUCUGGAUGUCUGAACAGAGACCAAAAAUGAAGCAUUCUUUCCAUUUGUGAUAACAUUGUCCCGUCUCGGAAUUAUUCUGCACUGGACGCACACAGACACGCUCUCACACGCACGCAUACUGAUGGGGGUCUCUCUCUCUCUCUCUCUCUCUCUCUCGUACAACAUGGCAGCAGAGUUAAGCCACUCAGACCAGAGCCUACUGUGCCGUCCCAUCAUAGCUGACCUCUCUCUCAACGCGAUUGCCCUCCAAGAGGACCACAACCUUGCCGUAGGGUUUGGAGGCUUGCGUGCCUCAAUGACCCGGAGAGCUAUGUUGGCUGGAGUCGGGGCUUUAUGCUUUGGCUCUCGGCAGGGUCACCCAGGCCAAACAGGUCAAAGGGUAGAGGCCAGACUAAGAGUGGUCCGCCAGUCCUCCAGGUUCAGGGGUUCAGCUCAGGGUGGACAGUCAUGAAGAAUCCUUCUGUACAGACAGAGAUGGAGGACAUUUACUUCUGCCUUGAACACCAGCAGUAUAACGGGCAGUAAGUAAGCAACCUCAUUCUCCUGCCCUCUCUUCGUGACCUUUGACACCCUGAGUAGCCAAGCACCUAUCGACCUCUGCUUUAAAUACACCCGAUGGCUUGGCCUCCACAGACGUCUACGGCAAUUAAUUCCACAGAUUCACCACCCUCUGGCUGAAGACAUUCCUUCUCUUUUCUGUCCCUAUAAUCUGAGGCUGUGCCCUCUGGUCAUGGACUCACCCACUCCAUGUCCAAUCUGUCUUUGCCUUUCAAUAUUAGAUUGGUUUCAAUGAGAACCCCUCCCCCCCCAAUACUUCUAAACGUCAGCGAGUACAGGCUCUGAACCAUCAAAUGUUCCUUGUAAGUUGACCCAUUACAGAAUUAUUUUUGUGAACCUCCUCUGGACUCUCUCCAACAUCAGCUCAUCUUUUCCCAGAUAAGGGGCCCCAGACUGCUCCCAGUACCCACUGAACGCGGCCCUACAAAGCCUACUCCUCUAGAAAUGAGUGCUACACUGUGUUUGCCUUCCGCACCACCAACUCAACCCGCAAGUUAACCUUUGGGGAAUCCUGCAUGAGGACUCCCCAAUCGCUUUGUACCUCCGAGUUUUCUGCCGAUUUGCAAAGUAAUCUAGGCUUUAAUUCCUUCAACCACAGUGCACGACCAUAUACUCCCUGACGGUAUCCAUCUGAUACCUCUUUGUCCGAUCUCCAAAUUUGUCUCAAGUCCUUAAGCAGACUCGCUGCUUCCUCCCCACUACCAGCUCCUCCACGUAUCUUUGUCCAUAAAGCCAUCAAUCCCAUCAUCUAGGUCACUGACAUACAACAUGAGAAGAGGCGGUCCCGACACCAGCCCUGUGGAACCCCACUAGUCGUUGGCGGCCAACCAGAGAAGGCCCUCUUUAUUUACACUCGUUGCCUGCUGCCAACCAACUAAUGCUCCCUUUAGAAAACUACUUCAUGAUCACCUUAAGGAUUCCCUUACCUUAGCUCCGCAAUCAAACCUGGGCAGUGGCAGAUCACGUGGAUGGAUGGCAUGUCAGCCCUGAACACACCAGGUUUUGAGUACAGGAGUGAGGGGUCUCUCUCUCUGCCCUGGUCAGAGUGACUGCACAGUUCUGUUCCCCUAACCCAGGAAAGGAUGUCCUUGCCACAGAGAAAGAAUGGGGGUGGUCACACUGUGGGAUGUGAACGGAUGGGGGUUUGAGGAGAGAUCAGGUGACUGGGAACAUGUUCCCUGGAGUAGGGACUAGGGGGAGAUCCCAUCAAGACUUCUGUUGGCGCUCAACAGGGAGGGUGUCUCCCAUUGGCCAGGGGUCUCGGACCAUGGUCCACACUCAGACUGUGGGAGAUGGGGAGGGCUUUCUUCACCCACAACUGGGCCGACAGUGGGAUUCUUUCCCCGGAUGGGUAUCUGGACAUUGAGAGGACUGGGGGAAACAGAUUGCUGUACUCCUGCUGUGGUAGAGCAUGAUUCAAUGGGCUGAAUGGCUUCCGUUUCUACCUUUUAGCAAUGGGGUAGGGAGUUUUUUUCUUUUCCUUUACUGUCCAUUAGAUUCUAGUAGUUUUUGCUGUGCAAAACUUCUUUGGAAGUGGUAAGAGCAGAACUGGGCCAUCGAGUCUGCUCCGCCAUUCCAUCACGGCUGACUUAUUAUCCCUCCUGACCCCAGUCUCCUGCCUUCUCCUUGUAACCUUUGAUGCCCUGACUAAACAAAAACUUCCACCUUAAAUAUAUUCAGUGGCUUGGUUUCCACAGAUUCACCAGGCUCUGGCGAAAGAAAUCCCUCUGCAAAUGGAUGUCCCUCUAUUCUGAGGCUGUGCCUCUGAUGCUAAGCUCCUCCAUCUUCUCCAUUGAGCCUAGGCCUUUCAGUGCUGGGUCCUGGAGAAGGACCUGAACUGCUUAGUCAUUCCCACAGGCGCUGCCCGACCUGCUGAGUUCCCAGCAUCUUGUGUGUGUUCCUUUCAGUAUUUGACAGGUUUCAAUGAGAUCGCCCCCUCCCAUGCUUCUAAACUCCAAGAAGCAUAAAACCUUUUCUUGAUGCUGUCUUAGUAAGUGUUACAAGAAUAGAGAGCGAAGAAGAAUUUUAAAAAGUUGUGGUCACCUUGUACAAAAACUAGCUCUGUACAACCAAAGAAAACAACGUUCCUCUGGACCACAGUGCACCCACAAUACACAAUCACACACAGCUCAUAAAUGAAAAUAUUACCACAAAUAAAUUAAUAAAGUACAAUUCAAAAUGCAGGUAGUGCGUAGCACGGGUACACAGCAAGCAGCUCACUGUCCCAGUGACGAGACCUCGGUGGUGACAGAGUGUUCAUUAGUCUCACAGUCUGAGGGGAGAAGCUCUUACCCCGUCUGGCAGUCGAGUCCUGAUGCUGCUGUAUCUCCUUCCUGAUGGUGGUGGGUCAGAGAGAUUGUGGAUAGGUGGUAGGGAUCCUCAAAAAUACUUCCUAUAAAGAUAACAUACUUUAAGAUAAAAUAGCUGGAUUCAAGAGAUAGAAACAUAGAAAACCUACAGCACAAUACAGUUCCUUCGGCCCACAAAGCUGUGCUGAACAUAUCCCUACCUUAGAAAUUACCUAGCCCUCUAUUUUCCUAAGCUCUGGGUAGCCACCCAGGAGUCUCUUAGAAGACCCUAUCAUAUCCACCGAUGCCAGCAGCCCAUUCCACACACUCACCACUGUCUGCGUAAAAAAACUUACCCCUGACAUCUCUGUACCUACUCCCCAGCACCUUAAACCUGUGUCCUCUUGUGGCAGUCAUUCCAGCCCUGGGAAAAAGCCUCUGACUAUACACACAAUCAAUGCCUCUCAUCAUCUUAUACACCUCUAUCAGGUCACCUCUCAUCCUCCAUCGCUCCAAGGGGAAAAGGCUGAGUUCACUCAACCUAUUCUCAUAAGACAUGCUCCCAAAUCCAGGCAACAUCCUUGUAAAUCUCUUCUGCUCCCUUUCUAUGGCUUCCACAUCCUUCCUGUAGUGAGGCGACCAGAACUGAGCACAGUACUCCAAGUGGGGUCUGACCAGGGUCCUAUAUAGCUACAACAUUACCUCUCAGCUCCUAAAUUCAACUCCACGAUUGAUGAAGGCCAACACACCAUACACCUUCUUAACCACAGAGUCAACCUGUGUAGCAGCUUUAAGUGUCCUAUGGACUCGGACCCCAAGAUCCCUCUGAUCCUCCACACUGCCAACAGGCUUACCAUUAAUAUUACGCCAUCAUAUUUGACCCACCGAAAUGAACCACCUCACACUUACCUGGGUUGAACUCCAUCUGCCACUUCUCAGCCCAGUUUUGCAUCCUAUCAAUGUCCCGCUGUAACCUCUGACGGCCCUCUACACUAUCCACAACACCCCCAACCUUUGUGUCACCAGCAAACUUACUAACCCAAAGCUGCAGAAUAACCAAGCUUCUAGAAAAAUAAGGAAGCAGCCAUACUACAAUUACUGGAAAAUUGACAGAACAAUUCCAGGCAUCUAGUGACUUAAUAAACAAUACAAACAAGACGAGCUGGGAGAGCGCAGAAAGCACAACGGAAACAGCAACUGGAGCUGACUCACUCAGACUGGAGAUAGCAGCUUUCUACUGAUAACAAAGAACCUCUGAAGCAGUCAGCAGUGUGACACCUGUUGCUGAUAACUGAGUUUCUAGACAAAAUAUUGAAUUAACUGUAUCGUAAUUGCUGGAAAGUUCACAGCUGGUUAUAUAUAAUGCAAGCAUUGGCCUCUACUUUCUGGGAGGCUGAGGAGAGCUGGGCUAUGCACAUCUAUACUCACAUCAUUGUACGGAUGCACAGUGGAGAGCACCCUGCCAAGCUGCAUCUCUGCUUGGUACAGAAUCUACUCUGCGGUGGGCAGGGAGGCUCUACAACAGGGCGUCCACCGCAUCACCGGCACCAGCCUAACCGCCAUCCAGGACGUGUAUACAGAAAGGUGCCAGUGACACCACAAAGGAUCCCACCCACCCUAAAUGAACUGCUCGUCCCACUCCCACCAGGGAGGAGGCUAUGCAUCGUCCAUGCCUGCAACACCAGACUUAAAAACAGUGCUUUCUCCAAGCAGAAAGGCUGAUCAACACCUCCACCCACUAACUCCACCCCGACUUUAUCAUUUCUCGUCAAUCAAGUUCUGUACAGCCCAGCAUCACUUAUGGUCAUACAGGCUUUGUAUAUCAUUGUGUUCUUUAUCUCUUGUGUGUUUUUUUGUGCUGCAUUAAAUCCUGAGGAACAAU